UAUUAUCAUCGCACCACCUCCGUACACACGACCGCUCUACCACCUAUCAUAUCCUUUCAUUUUUGGCUUUCUUUGAUUCCGAUCCCAGCGCGCUCUUCUCUCUUUAUUUCACAUACAAUCUUCUGAUUGAGUAGAACAGCGGAGACGACUCCAUCAUGGCCAUCCCCGGCGCUGCCGAUAGCAUCGAUGCCGCGACCUUCGAGCAGAUCCUUGAAAUGGAUGACGACGAAGAGGAGAGAGAGUUCUCCAAGAGCAUAGUUUAUGACUUUUUCACGCAGGCAGAAAACACGUUUGCCAAGAUGGACACGAACCUCGACCAGCGAAACCUCAAGACCCUCUCCGACCUCGGCCACUUCCUCAAGGGCUCCUCGGCGACGCUCGGUCUGACAAAAGUCAAAGAUUCGUGCGAGAAGAUCCAGCAUUACGGCCAGAAGAAGGACGAGACAGGCACAAAUGACAUUACAGACGAGGACGAAUGCUUGUCGAAGCUGCGGACAACCAUCGAGCAGGCGAAGCAGGAGUUCCACGACGUGGAGAAGGUGCUGAAGAAGUUCUAUCAUGACGACUCGUGAGGGCGCAUCCUGCAUGUUGAGCGACAGGCACAAUCGAGAUUCAUUGACGUAGACCAUAAUGGAUCUUGGUCAUGACAUAGUGCAUUUGAUGCAGGUGGAGAAGCGGGGGCUUCGCUGGGUAAUGGUCUGCAUGUGGGCGUUCUCUCGCCAACCCUGCCUGUACCGUCUCCUGCCAACCGACACUUUCUCACGAUCUUGCAAUUCCCUUUCAAUUCCUCAUAGCGUCAUAUUCGUACUUGGGGGCGCAGCUUGCAUACAUCGCGAGUCGCAGUCGCGAGUCGCAGUGUGGCGACGGCGGCUUUCUCGCGAUGCGUAGCAAUGCGACGCGAUCAGAUAUGGGUAAGGGAUGGGUAAGGGUAUCUUCUCUAUAGCAUUACCAAACCUGCCUAUUUUUGGUCUUCAC